AUGAAGGUGGAGCUUCAGGAACUCGCCGGUCGCGGGCUCUACAGAGAGGCCCUCUCUCUGUACGCCAGAUGCCAUGGUUCCUCCCUCUCGCCCUCCGCCUUCACCUUCCCCCUCCUUCUGAAGACCUGUGGGAAGCUUGGGUUGACUGCGCAGACGCAGCAGAUCCACGCCCACGUCGUGAAAGCUGGUUUUCUGUUCGAUGUCUAUACGGCGACGGCGCUCACAGACGCGUACAUGAAGCUCCAAGACCCCGGAGAGGCCCUCAAGUUGUUCGACGAAGUUCCGAACAAGAACGUAGCCUCCUACAACGCCGUCAUUGGUGGCCUGCGCCGGAGCGGCCGCCUCGCUGAAUCCGUGGGCUUUCUCAGACGCCUGCAGGGGGAGGGGUUCCUCCCCAGCGCCGCCACCGUCGCCGGAUUGCUUCCUUCCUUUGGAUCGCUUCAGCAGGGUUGUCAGCUUCAUGGCCUCUCCGUGAAGCUAGGCUACGAGCUUGAUGACUACGUUUCGACCUCCCUGGUGGCUAUGUAUUCAGUUUGCGGGCAGCUCUCUGCGGCUCGGAGGGUUUUUAAUCUUCUCCCUUUCAAGAAGGUCGUCGUUUACAAUUCAAUGAUUUCCGGGUUAUCAAGGAACGGUUUCCCCUGCGAGGCCGUUGACUUCUUCAUGGAGCUGAUGAAUUUGCCCGGUGAGAAGCCGAACGCCUCCACCCUGGUUUCUCUCCUCUCCGCAUGCUCUGAUCUGUCGGACUUCCAACUUGGCCGGCAGAUCCAUUCUUAUCUUGUGAAGACAAACCAGGAGGAAGAAGACGGGAUGGUCGGAGCUGCUCUGGUGUACAUGUACGGUAAAUGUGGAAGCCCACAGUGUGCCUAUCAGAUGUUCGAGAGUUUACCCCAUAAGGAGCUGACGGCGUGGAACUCUAUGAUCUACGGCUUGCUACUUCACAAGCGUUUAGACGACGCCUUGGAACUGUUCCGACGGCUGGAUGGGCAAGGACUGAAGCCGGAUUCGACCACGUGGAACUUGAUGAUCAGCGGGUUCUUGCAGGAGGGCGACGCGGCCCGAGCUUUCGAGUUCUUCAGGACGAUGAUAUAUUCUGGUUCGGUAUCCAGCCCGGGCUUUAAGCCCAUCACCAGCGUUCUGCAAGCUUGCUCAGAGGUGUCUAACCUGCGAUCCGGAAAGGAGAUUCAUGGCUACGCCGUUAGAACCCGCUCGCUCUACGACGACUUCGUCCUCACUGCUCUUGUUAGCAUGUACAUGAAGUGUGGAGAUUCCCUCCACGCCCGCCGGGUCUUCGAUCAGAUCGAGAGGAGAUCGGCGGAUGCAGCUCUCUGGAACGCUAUGAUCUCCGGGUACGGAAGGAACGGAGAGACCGAGGCAGCGCUGGAGAUCUUCACCCUGAUGCAGAAGGAGAACGUGAAGCCCGACUCCGCCUCCUUCCUGUGCGCCAUCUCUGUGUGUGGCCAUGCAGGCGAGGUAGAGAGAGGGUACGAAUUGUUCAGGACGAUGAGCCUGGUGCAUGGCCUCAGUCCCACGGCAGAGCACUUCAGUUGCAUGGUUGAUCUCCUCGGCAGAGGUGGAAGCCUGGAUGAAGCACUGGGCCUUCUUAAGGAGAUGCCCUCGCCGGCGACUUCUGCGUACUAUUCUCUGCUCGGCGCCGCCAUCUGCUACGGCGACGCCAAGCUCGGGGAGCUGGCGGCGAAGAAGCUGUCGGAGCUGGACCCGGGGAACCCGAGCGCGCUUGUGAUGCUGUCCAACAUCUACGCCGAGGAAGGAAGAUGGAGCGACGUGGAGAGGUUGAGGAAGACGGUGGCGCAGAAGACGCUGAAGAAGAGUCUUGGGUUCAGCAGGAUCCAAAUGGUGGAAUGA